AUGGACGUGCCGAUGAACUCGGCAGCCGAUACAGGUGGAUUCAGUCUCGUAUACAAGCAAAGUAUACCCGACUUUCGACCUUACCUUGGCCCUUGCCUCUUCGUGUUCGGCAAGUCGAUAACGCUGCAAGAAUAUCCACGAAAACGGGAGAAAAAGAAGGGCAAGGUGAACAGUUGGACCAAACCGCAACAGCAACAGCAACAAAAGCAACAGCAACAGCAACAGCAGCAGGUGCAGCAGCAACAGCAGCAACAGCAACAUCGUGCUUGGACUGCUCCACCUAUGAUUCCACGCUUGAGAGAGCCACAAAUAGUUGAUUUCAUCGACUACUUGAAUACCGCCCGUUGCACCGCAGCUAACUGA